UCGAUUCGGUUCACGGUACUUUUGGCCCAGACCUUUUGGAGAGAAGGGAUCUUUUGAUAUAGGCAAGACUUUCCAUGACCACGACUUUUUGCGGUUGAAUCAGAUACUUCCCUCCAUAAUUCAUCCUGUCCAAAACUGCUUCUGUAUAGUGGAUCUCAGCUGUGGAGGAUUAACGCACUGAACCGCUGACUUGGAGAUGGUGAAGAUGAUGCGGGCAACGGUUGCUGCGUCUUCUUCUUUGAAGGUUGGUUAUGGCAACACCACCGGCAGACUCAGACUCAGAGGUAUGCCGCCUUGUCUUCUUCAAUCUUCUACUGCUGUUGUUUUCUUAAACAAUUACUUGGCUUUGUUUCACUCUCCGUCUUCCAAAUCGACCGAAUCUAGAAACACCCAACAACACCAUCUUGUUGAAAUCACUAAUGUCGAAGAUGCUCUCAAUGUGUUCGACGAAAUGCUUCAAAGUUGUCCUCUGCCUUCCGUUGUCCCUUUCAACCAAGUCUUGACUCAACUUGCCAAGUUGAAACAUUACUCGGCAGUCAUCUCCUUGAAUAACCAAAUGGUUGUGUCCGGAAUUCGUCCUGAUGUUUAUACUCUGAACAUUAUCAUUAACUGCUUUUGUCGUUUGCACCAAACGGGGUUUGGUUUGUCAGUCUUGGGAAACUUCUUCAAAUUGGGUUUUGAACCAAAUGUCGCAACCUUAAAUAUUCUAAUCAACGGCUUUAUUCUCCGUAAUAGAGUGGCUGAGGCAGCAGCACUUUUCAAAAAAAUGUUGGACAGUGGUAAUUCUAAGCCGAAUGUGGUUACUUUCGGUACCCUAGUAAAGGGUCUUUGCACAAAAGGUAACAACACUGCAGCAAUCCAAUUGCUUAAGAAGAUGGAAGAAGGGGCUUGCAAGCCUAACAUAGUUAUUUAUAGCACGAUUAUCGACAGUCUUUGCAAAGAUACUCUAGUUGUGGAUGCACUGAACCUCUUCUCAGAAAUGAAGAGUAAGGGUAUUGCCCCAGAUGUCUUGACCUAUAACUCUUUGAUUCUUGGAGUUUGCAAAUUACAGGAUUGGAAAGAAACUACAAGAUUGUUGAAUGAAAUGGUGAGUAAACAUAUCUUUCCAAAUGUGUACACCUUUAAUGUCUUGGUUGAUACAUUUUGUAAAGAGGGAAUGGUCCAAGAAGCAAGGAGCGUGAUCGAAAUGAUGAUUCAAAGAGGUAUCGAACCUGAUACGAUUACUUACAAUUCGUUUAUGGAUGGGUAUUGUUUGCGAGGAGAAAUGGACGAGGCGAAAAAGGUUUUUGAAGAGAUAUUUAGCACAGGAUGCAUGGUCAAUGCUCGUAGUUAUAGCAUAUUGAUAAACGGCUAUUGUAAGCUUAAAAGGAUAGAUGAUGCCCGGAUACUUUUUCUGGAAAUGUCUCAAAGGGGAAUUGUUCCAAAUAUGGUUAUUUAUAACACUCUUAUAGAUGGGUUUUGCAAGAUGGGAAAACUACAAGAUGCACAUAACUUGUUCUCUCAAAUGCAAGCUUUAGGCCAACUUCCAAAUACUCAAACUUAUUCUAUUUUACUGGAUGGCCUUUGUAAAAACCAACAAUUUCCCGAGGCAGUUGAAUUGUUGGACGAGAUGGAGGAAAAGAAGUUGGAUUUUAAUAUUGUAACUUACAAUAUUCUUAUUCAAGGUUUGUGCAGAGCUGAAAAAGUUGAAUAUGCAUGGGAUCUCUUUCGGAGUUUGUCAUCGAAAGGAGUUCAACCUGAUGUCAGGUCAUAUAAUAUAAUGAUUAGUGGAUUUUGUAAUGGGGGGCUAACAUGUAAGGCAGAAAACUUGCUAAGGGAAAUGGAAGAGAGAGGUCGUUCUCCAAAUGGUUGCACGUACAACACAAUUAUCCGAGGGUUUUUCAAUAACAACGACAUAUCAAGGGCGGUGAGGCUUAUUCAAGAAAUGGUGGAGAGGGGUUUUUCUUUAGAUGCAUCAACUGCGAAGUUGAUCGUUAAUUUAUUGUCUGAAGAUGAAGUAGAUCUUGCUUUGUUGGCAUUUAUAGAAAGUCCGCAAUGAAACUGAUUUGCAUCUCUGCAGUUUAGACAAGUUUGGGGGCUUCCUUCCCUUGAAUGUUGCAUUGGAGAGUGUUGUUCCACGGCUGAGUCGAAUUCAGGUAACCAUUCAUUCGUGUAUCGCCUAGUGAUGUAUGAUAUCUGUAGCAAUUCAAAAUCUUUACAAAAGUAACAGAAUCAACGAAAUACAAACUUUCAUUUGCUUCCUGCAACCACUCGUCAAGUAAAAUACUCAAACAUGCAGCCAAUUAGAACCCAACAACUCCCAAAAGCACAAUGAGUGAUCAUAUUACGUACAUAAAUUUAUUGUAGCAAAGCUUGUAUUGGUGUUGUUUUGGUGUAACGUAUCAUUCUUAUGCAUGAGGAUCAAGAAAGCAGUUGAGAUUACUCUCGACACACGUGCUUAUGCGUGACGUAUUUUGAACUUAAUACACACGUAAAUUGUUUAGUUAACGUAUAUAAUCUGCUCUGAUAUA